AUGGUUCCGAAAUGGUCAUUUGAUGGAAGUUCAACUGGACAGGCAAGAACGGAAGAUUCAGAUACCAUCUUACUGCCAGUCGCUUUAUAUAGAGAUCCAAUCAGAAAAAGUCCACACGUUAUUGUUUUGUGUGAAACGUAUUAUGGUGACGGCACGCCGACUCCUACAAACCACAGAGCUCAUUGUGCAAACAUUUUGAGCAAACUAUCUGAUCAAGAGCCAAUGUUUGGAAUAGAACAAGAAUAUACCAUGUUUGAUGUAGAUUUAUGGCCCUUGGGAUGGCCAAAAGUACGUGGAUUUCCUGUAAUAAAAUCUAAAUAUUCUUACUGCGGGAUGGGUGAACACGUUGCUGGAAGAGAACUUGCUGAAUGUCACGCUAGAGCAUGCAUCUAUGCAGGUAUGGAUUAUGGUGGGUCUAAUGCAGAAGUUAUGAAGGGGUCAUGGGAAUACCAAGUAGGAACAACAGUCGGGAUCAAAGCUGCGGAUGACUUAUGGCUAGGGCGAUACUUGUUGGGGCGAAUCGCUGAAAACUUUGGAAUAAUAAUAAGUUAUCAUCCUAAGCCUAUGGGUAAGAAUCAACCUGGAAUUGGUUGCCAUCAUAACUUUAGCACUAAAAAAAUGCGUGAUGAAGGAGGUAUUGUGGAAAUUGAAAGAGUUUGUAAAGAGUUAUGUGCUAAGCACAGUGAUUACAUGAAACAUUAUGGUCUCGGAGACGGUAAAGAAAAUCAGAAAAGAUUAAGUGGGAAAUUUGAAACUGCUUCAUUUGAUGCUUGCAAGUGGGCCAUUGCCGAUCGUACUGCUUCAAUCCGGUUGCAAAGAAGUGUGAAGACUAAAAAAAGGGGUUUUCUCGAAGAUCGCCGGCCCGCAGGAGACUGUGAUCCAUACAGAGUUUGCGCUCUUCUAGCAGAAACAUGUGUUUGA